AUGUCGAACAAAGAAGCGAAGACGAAAGCGUCGGGCCCUGCCAACAACGAGGGCCGCUCUACGCAGCAGCAAAAGGCACCACCGCCGCCGGAAAUUGUCGCUGAUAUCGAAAGGUUGACGGAAUUGGUGGAGAAGGCAUGGACCUGGAGAAAAGGCAGACAAGAUAUAACGAAAAAACAGCAAUUGUUGGACCUCACGAGCGAUGCUAUCGAUUCACAGAACAAAGUGUACGACUCCUGGAACCAAGUCGGUUGGAGAAAGGAGGCGUUACCUUCAGCAAUACGGCAAUGGUUCAGACAUAUCGCCUCCCCGGACGUCGCGGAUUGGGAUGGAUCACCAGAAAUGCUAGACCUGACCUUUUUCCGAAAUCUACAUGCUGGCGCGGAUGGGGACAACCCGAAGAAGAAGUCAUCGAAGCGCAAGGUGGCAUUUGAGGGUCAGCCGCAGACUACGAAGAAGAAGAAAAGCGACGCCGUCGAUUUAGAAUUGGGACAGGGACAGGGUGCGGUGGAUAAGGGAAAGACGGCGACAGGGCAGGAAACAGAGAAGGGCGAGAAGGCUGCUGAGAACCAGGGGAAAGGUGGUGAGGACCCCCCCAAGCCCAGACCACGACCACGACCGAGGCCAACCGCAGCAGUAAAGGCAAACGAGUUUACCUCUCAGUCCAACCCUGAGAAUGAUCAAAACCGCGAGUUCAUGAUGGUCGUUGCAGGGUUGAAUGAGGGGAAGGAGAGGUCCAGGAAAAACACGACGAUUGGGCGAAGUAUCACCACCAACCCCUAUUCCUCAGACAGCGGCUCUGAUUCGAGCACUUCUAGUGCCUCCAGAGACCACGUCAAAGCCCGAAAAGCCAAGCGUAAGGCAACCCCGCCUAAGUCCCUAGAAAAUCCCGUUGGGCAGAAACCAACACUCGCCAAGCCUACCACGACCAACGCGCCACUACCUCCCUCGCAGAACCGCGCUGUCUCUCCACAGGUCCACACCACCCUGACCAGCAUCAACGUCCCGGCACCAACCGCGUCCAAACCAGCGGCCAAUCCUUCCGUCAAGAACAUUGGACCUAAGCGACCCAACCCGAGUCACUCUAUCCAAGAACGCCAUCGUGCCGCUGGGAAGCCUCCCAAUAUAUCCAACUCAACCGAGAUCCCAAGUGCAAAUGCACCACCUGGGCGUUCACCUACCCUUGGCUCAAACCGCCAACGCUUCCCUGACGGAGACGACGAUGAUGACGCAUCAUAUCGUCCAAGCAACAGCAGUGACGACGAAGGAUUAGGACCUGCAGUGGGAAAGGUCCCCACCGCUGCCGGAAGACAGGAAGAUGCCACUCAGGCAUCGAAUAAGUCGUCUAAGAAACAGACGUCAAAGCAAACUCUUGCUUCGAUGGGCUCAUCUACCGAUGAACGCUGGUCAAGGGUCACACCCUUCGAGGAAUCUGAGCUUCCCCUGGCGUCCGUCUCUGGAACCCUCCACGCAUUGACCGUCAGAUCACACCAACGAGGUUCAACAAUCCGCCAAUUGGAAUCCAAGAUUUCGACCAUCACGCGGGCAUUGGAGCGCAACCAGAACGCUGAGAAAACUGUUCCUGUCCUUGAGAAGCGGUUGAACCAAGCAGUGGAGUCCCUCGACGAGUUACGACAAGAUCUGAAGGCUGAGCAGAAGAAGACGGCGGAGCUGGAGGCAAGGGUGGAAGAGCGUGAGAAGAUGUUGGACGAUUACCGGUCAAACCUCAAGCUUCUAAACGGUGUCGUCGAAAAACUCCUCGAGGUCCAUGGACUUCGUCGAGUUCCGGAUUCAACCCAGUUAGUUCCUGUACCACGUCCAGUCGCGGGCUCAACCCAGGUUACAACCACCCAAGCCCACCGCAACUUCUCCUCCCACCCAGUUACCCAGACUGGCGCUCAUAAUGGUUAUCCCAGCACCUCCUCCUUCAGCCCCAGUUUUACCAGGGGGUUCUCGACAGGUUCACGACUCGCAACGACGCCGAUGCCAGCCUCGACAUCGACUUCGAUCAACAGCUAUGCCUCGCAGGGUCAGUUUCCAAACUCGAACGCCACGAGCUUCCAUCCCCACCCCGACCAAAGCUUCCAUUCAGAUCGCUCUGCCCCCAAUGCAGAGAGCAAUCCCCUCCAACCAAUCAUCUCCGAGGUGCAUCGCGCCCAGAUGGACCUUCCCCAUGAGCUCCAGUCCUCACCAGUUCAACGCGCUAGUCUUCUCGAAAUGAUCGCCCACUCCUCAGUCGGAACUACACCAGACAUGAUUCAGCAGAUGCAGAUGCUCGACGAUCGAGGUUCGAGGGCCGGAAGGUCUUCAACGAGUACCGUCAAUGGCGGCGACAGUCCCUCUGACUGGGGCAACAUCACCAGCGGUAAGUUCAAGUAUCACCCGCAGAACCGCAUUCAACAACAUACCUUGGAUUCGACUCAAAACACGCCCAACGAUCAGAGCACCUAUAAUGGGCGGGUCAAUGCAGUCGGAGGACUCACGAUUGGCGGCAGCGAAUUCCAACACCUCCCUUCUCAUCACCAUUCCACCGAUGGCGAGUUUCAUCCCAUCGGGAGUCUUGCGAUUGCUCAAGAUCAGUAA